AUGAUGACUCUGAGUCAUCUUGGAGAGUCCGAAGAUCUUCACCGAAGAGUCGGAGUUACUCACUAUAUACGAACAAAACUCAACUUUUUCGACGACACGCUCUGGAAACGGUUUUCCGCUCGGAGGCUCGAGUUGAUCGAUGCUUUGGAUCUCAGCUGCCGCAAGGCUUCAGAGCAGGAAUCGGAAAUCAAACGAGUAGCGGAAACCCUUCGGCUCGAGUUCAAUUACGGUCCGGAGUACAUCCAGGAUUUCGAUAGGCUUGUACGUGCUGCCAUUCAGAGCGUGAGACGAAAUCGAAAACGAUCCUUAAAGCAAACCAAUAACGCCAGCUCCCGAAAGAAAAAACUCAAAACUGCUAGUUCAGUUUCGCUUUCGGAGUAUCAUGAGUCUCCAUCUCCCGAACAGGUAUUGUCAACUAUCGCAACCCCCUCAUAUUCUACUGACGAAGAUAUGUCGAGCCUUCGUUUUGUGUCUGAGAUAGCUCGUCUUCAUUCCGAUUCACAGGAUGAUAUGGAUGGAUACAACAGAAGUCGGCGGUUCACUCUGCAUGACAAGUCUCGGGCAGUGAUCGAUUCUAUCAUUCAACCGAAGCAGACAAAGUUGCAUCCUCGGACUUUACCUCCGUUAACGGCCCGAAAUAGCAGUUUUCAAGGAAACUCAACUUAUGCUGCUCUCCUUGGUUUCAUCGAACGAUCGAAAACUUGUGCUGAUUCGACGGUCGCCCAAGGUUCUAACCUAGAAAAUCUAGGACGGAGUGCUAUCCAAUGCUGUGUCUCGUAUAUUUUCGAGACUUCUUUAAGCGAUACCAGCCUGGCAUCGGUGGAAUACUUGAACACAAGAAUCACCUCUCCUCUGUUCUUAGCCACGCUUUAUCGGGACCUCGACCCUCUGCAAGCAUCUUGUGACGACGAGGUGGCUGUGAUCUCGUUGCAUACCUUGAUUGGAGGCUGCAUCAAAGACUUUGGAUUCGGUCAGGUUAUGAUGGUACUCAGUGACUGUCUACACAGCGCCGUAAUUCAAAGUUAUCCAUUACUAACCAAAAAGCCAGGACAGACUUCUGGUAAUAUCACUCCUGUAGCUGCGGGCUCAACAACACAUCUUGACUCGUUAGCAACAAUUGCUACAAAUUUGCAAGAUGAUAGGAAACGGUCCUCACCAUCCACCGAUGACGACAAGAAAAAUAAAAAGGCUGUUACUUUGAGGUACAUGAACACAGUCCUAGCGUUCUCGUACCCAGCCACAACCUCUGCCGUGCCUCGAUUAAUAGAGCUUUUAGAUAAUGGUCGAACGGCAUUUCAUAUAACGCAUUUGGGGGACACAAGAGUCUUGGGGUUGAGAAAUAUGAGAGAUGGAAAAAUCAUUAACUCUGACUCCACCCUAGAAAUGAUAUUCAAAAAGGAUGAGAGAAUCGAAUUAGAACUCUACAUUCAAGACUCCAAAGCGGUUCCCAUUUCUGAGCUCACAUCAACCAUAUCACCAAAUGUUCAGAACCCUAUUGUACUUCCACCAGUAGGGAAAAUCAUAAGUCAACCACCUGACAACCAAGCAUUUCCUUUCUUGUCGAAGAAAGAAGGUACACCUCCACUCCAGCCUAAUUUCCAGCCACUAUUAUAG